CGACACGGCUGGAAACAUGAUGCUCACCUGCUACCCCAGCUCUCAAGGAAGAUAUAUUUAGGGACAACCCACUGGGCAAACACUGGUUGAAUCAACGUUAUUGUUUCCACGUAAUUUCAACGUUGAACCAACGUGGAAUAUAUGAUGAAUUGACAUCUGUACCCAGUGGGAAGGCUAAGUUCCAGAACGCACUGAGAACUGUCAAGUCAAGCCGUUUGCUUUCAUUUCCAUAUUAUGAAAGACAAUAGCGCCGGCAGCAGUGCUUAUUACUGCGCAUUUGAGUUGUGCGCCAUUCGGGUCACUGAAUCUCUUUUUGACUUUCUAUUAUGACGAGUCGCCGACGACAUCACAACGGAACGCACCUCAGCAGUAGAUGAUGGUUAAAGCUAUGUAAAAUAUUCCCAUUCUCGUCGGGUAAAGCGAUGCCUAGGCUACUGACAGAGAACCAUGAUUUGCAGAGGAUAUAUUUUGGAUAUUCUACUUUGCGAGAGCAAGAGUGUGUGGCUGUCUGUCAAGCACGGAGUCGCUUUGGCGCGCUAAAGCAUCGUGGAUAAGAUGAUUGUCAGUUAUUUCACGUAGCGAAGCGAACACCAAACAAAACCCACAGCUACAAAAUUCCACAUUUGUAGCGGACUUCAGAAAGACGGGUAGAGUGCGCGCCCACCGGUUGCUGUGAUGAAACCCUCUCCAGGCAACGGGGUGAACCUCCAGACUCAUCGAGAAGAAUUGGUGUCCAACGGAGGCUGCGGAAUGUCAGACACCGUGACAGCUGUCCAAACCGACACUGGUCCCGGAUCCCCCAUGACUGACAAGCUGGGAGCAGGAGGAGAUACAGACGCCAAAGGAAUCCCGCGGCGGAGCAGUAUUAUCAAGGAUGGUUCUCGUGCUGGUCGUGAGAGGAAGAAGACGGUUUCCUUCAGCAGCAGUCUCUCUGAGAGGAAGAUCAGCAGCGCUGCAGACUGCAUCAGUGCUAUGGUGAGGGGUACUGAGCUGCGGAAGGUGCGCUCCAACUCACGCGUCUACCAACGCUACUACCUACUGGAGUCAAGUCUGCAGGCCCUGCGAUGGGAGCCCUCCAAGAAGGAGUCAGAUAAGGCCCGCAUCGCCAUCUCCUCCAUCAGAGAGGUCCGCACCGGCCGCAACACAGAGACAUUUAGGACCAACGGCAUCUAUGACCAGAUCUCUGAGGACUGUGCCUUCUCUAUCAUCUACGGAGAGACCUAUGAAGCUCUGGACCUGGUAGCUAACUCUGCAGAGGUGGCCAACGUUUGGGUAACUGGCCUAAGGUAUCUGAUUCUGUAUGGGAAGCAUGCCAUGGAUAUGAUAGCCAGCAGUGAGGACAGCCUUCGUCUCGUCUGGCUAGCAGAGAUGUUCUCCUCUAAGGUUGUUUCAAAUGGACUCGGUGGAAGAGAGGAGGAGGGGAUCAGUUUGCGGUCGGCGGUAGGACUGAUCAAGAGUGUUAACCCUGGAGUGAGGAGUGGGAAAGUAGAACGCAGGUUUAAGGAGCUCCAUCGAAUCAAAGAGAGGACGAGGGGGGCUCGGACAACUGGAGUUGGAACUGAUGUUGGGGCUGUGGCUCUACCUGAAGCAAUGGUUGGGACUUCAGUUGUAGCUGGAGCUGGGACUGGUUCUGGGGAUGGAAUUGAGGUGGUCGGUAUAGGAGAUGGGGCUGGGACUAGAACUGAGGUGGUCGGUAUAGGAGAUGUGACUGGGACUAGAACUGAGGUGGUGGGUAAAGGAGAUGUGACUGGGACUAGAACUGAGGUGGUCGGUAUCGGAGAUGUGACUGGGACUAGAACUGAGGUGGUGGCUAAAGGUAACACAGACAACAGAAGAGGAGAAAUAGAGGACAGGGUCACCAAGGAGGAGUUCAUUGAGGUAUUUCACGAACUUUGCACCCGACCGGAGAUCUACUUCCUCCUUGUGCAGUUCUCUAGCAACAAGGAGUUCCUGGAUACCAAGGAUCUGAUGAAGUUCCUGGAGGCUGAGCAGGGCGUGGCUCAGGUGACUGAAGACACCAGUCUGGAGCUCAUCCAAUCCCACGAGCCGUCGGAGGAGGGCCGUCGCCAGGGCUGCCUCUCAUUGGACGGUUUCACCAGCUAUCUUACGUCCCUGGAGUGCCACUUGUUUGACCCGGAGCACAGCCAGAUGUGCCAGGACAUGAGCCAGCCCUUAUCCCACUACUACAUCAACUCCUCCCACAACACCUACCUCAUCGAGGACCAGUUCAGGGGGCCCUCUGACAUCACCGGCUACAUCCGGGCUUUAAAGAUGGGCUGCAGGUGUGUGGAGGUGGACGUGUGGGACGGCCCUGAUGACGAACCCGUGGUUUAUACUGGUUACACCCUCACCUCGCCUGUCCUGUUCCGCUGUGUCCUGGACGUGAUUGGGUGCUUUUCAUUCGCAGCGUCAGAGUGUCCUCUAAUCCUGUGCUUGGAGAACCACUGCUCCCCCUGCCAGCAGAGAGUCAUGCUCCAGCACCUGAGGAGAAUACUAGGGGAGAGGUUAUACACGGGACCCCUCGGGGAAGGGGAGGGGUACCUGCCCUCGCCCCAUGCCCUGAGGGGCAAGAUCCUGCUGAAGGGGCAGAAGUUGAAGGAGGGGUGUGGUGAGACGGAGGGGGAUGUGACUGAUGAAGACGAGGGGGCGGAGAUGUGCCAGAGGAUGAAGGCUGGUAACAGUGAAGGAGCAGGAGGGGAGGGGGGACAGAAAGGUGGCGGGGGGGGUGUUACUAGUAGCGUGAAAACCCUGACCCCUGCUCCUCCCUCUAAACGGUUCCAGCUUCUGAAGGAGCUCUCGGACUUGGUGACUCUGUGCAAGUCAGUACGUUUCACAGACUUCCAGAAGUCUUUCUCAACCCAGAAACCCUGGGAGUUCUGCUCGUUCAACGAGACCCUAGCGGUGCGCUGCGCCAGCGAGCGCCCGGGAGACUUUGUCAACUACAACAAGCGCUUCCUGUCGCGGGUCUACCCCAGCACCAUGCGCAUCGACUCCAGCAACAUGAACCCACAGGACCUGUGGAAGUGCGGUUGCCAGAUUGUGGCUAUGAACUACCAGACGCCUGGGUUGAUGAUGGACCUAAACAUCGCCUGGUUCCGCCAGAACGGGAAUUGUGGGUAUGUGCUGCGACCCACCAUCAUGCGACAGGAGGUUUCAUAUUUCAGCGCCAAUACAAGAGAAUCUGUGCCGGGUGUGUCCCCUCAGCUGCUCCAUGUUAAGGUGAUCAGUGGUCAGAACUUGCCCCGUCCGUGUGGUUCUGGAGCUAAAGGAGAUGUGGUGGACCCGUACGUCUACGUGGAGAUCCAUGGUAUCCCUGCCGACUGUGCCGAGCGCCGCACCCGCACAGUGGUGGAGAACGGAGACAACCCCAUCUUCGACGAAAGCUUUGAGUUCCAGAUCAACCUGCCCGAGCUGGCCAUGGUGCGCUUCGUGGUGCUUGAUGAUGAAUUCAUAGGGGAUGAGUUCAUAGGUCAGUAUACCAUUCCCCUGGAGUGCUUACAGCCAGGCUACCGGCACGUACCAUUACAGUCUCUGAUGGGGGAGGACCUCCCGUACGCCCGGCUGUUCGUCCAUGUGGCUCUCACCAACCGGAGAGGAGGGGGCAAGUCCCACAAGCGGGGGCUGUCUGUGCGAAAGGCGAGGCGAGGGAGGGAGUACGCUGCACUCAGGGACCUGGGGGUCAAAGCCUUGGAUGAUGUUUUCAAAAUGGCGGCCCCGUCAUUGAAGGAAGCCACAGACAUGCGGGAGAACAUGCAGAACUCGGUGGCAGUUUUCAGGGAUCUGUGUGGGGUGUCAGCGGUGGCUAACCUCAUGCAGUGUGUGUUGGCCCUGGGGACCCGUGUUUCGGGCGCUGAUGGGGCCCCCCUGCUGCUGUUUGAGCUGAAGGAGCAGUACCCCUCCAUGGAGUCUCAGGGGCCCCUGCCGGACGUCCUACGCAGGGUGGUGUCCACUUAUGAAAUGAUGAUCCAGGCGAGUAGAGCGGUGAUGGAGCUGUCAGACGGAGUCUACGACAGGAUCCUACAGAUACAGACAACAGCCAUGGAGUUCCAUGAGAAGUUAAAGCCCAUGGCAGUGAAGGAGGGGCUUAAAGGUCGAAAGGUCACCAGAGCUGUGGAGAGUUUCAGCUGGAACAUCACAAUACUGAAGGGGCAGGCAGACCUGCUGAAACGGGCUAAGACGGAGGUACAGGAGAACAUAAAGCAGGUCCACUACGCUGCCCUGACCUCUAACCUCAGUAAGGGCGGGACAGGAGAGACAACCCACACCCGGCGCAGCCUGGACGCCCUUCCAAUGUCGGGUACAGCUCCGGCAAGAAGUUUCCCUUAGUCACAGACAGGUCUAGGAACAGUUUACCUGUCUAAAAUUACAUAUUGAACCAUAAGGGGGAAAUGUAAAAACGGACCGUAGGUCCGUUUCUAAGGGCACAAUCGUCCUAUUCUGAGGAUUAUCAGGAUGAUAAGAAGUUGCUACAUACGUUCUAUAGUGAUAGGCUCCUUCUGCAACUCACCCAGGGGCUGCUGGAGAUUAGUCUGCCAUUUUCUCCAGACAACGAUGAGGAAGAAGGAGGAUGGACUCAGUUGAAGAGAAAAACUCCUGUUAUAGCACUGCCAAGAGGGAGGAGUAAUGUCGAAGACACUGGAGACAGGAAUGUAGAGAGGAAUGAAGGAAUGAGGUCUGAGAGAAAGAGAGAGACAAUCAGACUGCCCUGUCCCCUACUUUGUAUGCAGCUAUAAAUAAGAAAUGUUUAAUCCUGCUCUCUAUGGGGCCGAUUCAGACCCGAGUUAUGCACUUGUAAAUGGAACUUAAUUCCCUUUUUAUGCGCUUUUCUUUAAAACGUAUUCUGACCUUGAAUUUAAAAAAUGUUUCAGCCAGCUAUUCUUUCAGAGUGGAGAUCAGAGAAAUUAAUACAUUUAAAAAACUGAAAUAUCACAUUUACAUAAGUAUUCAGACCCUUUACUCAGUACUUUUUGAAGCAUCUUUGGCAGUGAUUCCAGCUGCAAGUCUUCU